AUGAGGCGAACGAUAGAGAAGAGAGUUAAGGCCGAGGGGAGGAUGCAUCGGAGCUGUGCCCCUAUUGGUUAUAACCCUGGUUCAGCUGCCAAUUCCACCUCUAAUGAAGACCUUGGUGGGUCCCACUCCCAGUUUAAGGAAACUAAUGUUUACAUCACUGGCCAGCAGAAGAACUUGGAGUUUUGUAAUCAAUUUUAUCGGUCUUAUUUUGUGCGGAUUGUGCAAGAAAUAUUUGAUGUGAUGACCGACAGUUUCCAUAAACUGGGAUUUAAGUUACAUGUGUUGGUGCUGCAACACUUAUUCUGCAUGGUGGAAUCUAGGUCAUUGACUGAGCCUUUGUGGGACACGUCAACUGUUUCAUAUCCGUAUCCAAACAACGGGAUGUUUGUGAGAGACAGAGAUAGUACACUAUUAAGCUUCUUGGUGCCUCUUUUCCAAAUAUUCCAGCAUAUGAGGUUAGAUAGCCUAAUUGGGUUGUUUGGAGCAGGAUGUCAACCAAAUUCAACUAAUGACCCUUUUGGCCUACCAAGAAUCUCAUAUGGUCUUGUCCAAGUGUUGGUAGAAAAAGAUAGAAACUUGGACUUACAACAUGCUUUGGAAGUUGAUGCUUCUGUGCAAUCUUUAAAAAUAGAUGUUGUAACAAUAUGCGAGGCUGUGGGAAAGGUGUUGCCAAAGCUAAAUGGAAAGCUUACUGGAAUGGAUUUUAGGAUUGAAGCUACUGUGAUGCCUGAAGAUUACAGACAAAAGAAGGUUUUGAUGGAAAAGAAUCAUGUUAAUGCUCUUCAUAGAAAAGUAUCUUGGUAUUUUAGGAAAUUUGGCUAA